CACUGGCAAAUAAUAAUUCAUAUAAAUAUAAUCUCAUAAGUGAUGGACAGCCAGGCACCAAUUGAUGAUCUAUUGUUGGACAUUGUGGACAAUGCUUGGCGCAUGGAAGUGCUGCCCUUCGAUCAAAUAUUAGUACCAAUUGAAAAGUUACCAGAUCCCGAGGCCGAUGGUGGGGACUCGCAUUUGACUUUGAGUGAGCAGGAACAAAAGUGGUCAGACUUGGCGCUGGGCUCUCUUGCUCCCGACGCCGCCCUGAUUGACCAAUUAAAUAUAACAACCAUCUAACCAAGAACAAGUAGCUCUCGUGCGAGCACUUCGCCCACGCUACUAAUAC